AGCCACAGUGGAGUCGGGCUGGGAUCCUCUGACGUCGCGUAUGUUUCUCCGCUCGGAUCCGCUUCUCCUUCGUCGUCGGGCUUCGUCCAACGCGCGCGAUCGGCGCCGCAGUCUCCAGAGGACACGAUGAACUCCAGCGGGGACCUGUCGAGGCGGAACCCGCAGGAGGACUUCGAGCUGAUCCAGCGGAUCGGAAGCGGCACAUACGGAGAUGUGUACAAGGCUCGCAAUGUAAACACAGGGGAGCUGGCUGCUAUCAAAGUCAUCAAACUGGAACCGGGUGAGGACUUUGCUGUCGUCCAGCAGGAGAUUAUAAUGAUGAAAGACUGUAAACACUCCAACAUCGUUGCCUAUUUUGGAAGUUAUCUCCGGAGAGACAAGUUAUGGAUCAGUAUGGAGUACUGUGGAGGAGGUUCUCUACAGGACAUCUAUCACGUCACUGGGCCUCUGUCCGAGUCACAGAUCGCCUACAUGUCACGUGAGACCCUGCAGGGUUUGUACUAUCUACACAACAAAGGCAAAAUGCACAGAGACAUCAAGGGAGCCAACAUCCUGCUGACAGACAACGGCUACGUGAAACUAGCUGACUUCGGUGUAUCGGCCCAGAUCACAGCAACCCUCGCCAAGAGGAAGUCAUUCAUUGGAACUCCUUAUUGGAUGGCUCCAGAGGUCGCAGCAGUGGAGAGGAAAGGAGGCUACAACCAGCUCUGUGAUAUCUGGGCUGUGGGCAUCACUGCUAUCGAGUUGGCCGAACUACAGCCGCCCAUGUUCGACCUGCACCCCAUGAGGGCUUUGUUCCUAAUGACCAAGAGCAACUUCCAGCCUCCCAAGUUGAAAGAUAAACUCAAGUGGACAAAUAUCUUCCACCAUUUUGUCAAACUUGCUCUGACCAAGAACCCAAAGAAGAGGCCGACAGCUGAGAAGCUGCUGCAGCACCCUUUUGUGUCCCAGCCGCUCAGCAGGACGCUGGCCAUCGAGCUGCUGGACAAAUCCAACAACCCCGACCACAGCACCUUCAACGACUUCGACGACGACGACCCCGAGCCCGAGUCCCCGGUCUCUGUUCCUCAUCGUAUUCGUUCCACCAGCAGGAGCACAAGGGAGGGGAAGACGUUGUCUGAGAUUAACUUCGGUCAGGUGAAGUUUGAUCCUCCGUUGAGAAAAGAGACGGAGCCGCACCACGAGCCGUGUGAUUCUGAGCCCUAUCUGGACUGUGUUGAGGAGCUCUACUAUACCGCGAGAUCUAAUCUGGACUUGCAGCUGGACUAUGGGCAUGAUUCACCGAGUCUACUGGGAGGAAACAAGAGUCUCCUCAAAUCGGUGGAGGAAGAGCUCAAGCAGAGGGGCCAUGUGGCACACUUAGGGGAUGAUGAGGAUGAGGAUGAUGAUGGUGCAGAUGAUGAUGAAACUCACACUCAUAAAUCGAGCACCAUCAUGAGGCCAAAGGUCCCCCCCCCACUGCCGCCCAAGCCCAAGUCCCUGCAGCAGCAGCAACUCAAACAAGACGACAGCCAAUCACACAGUGAGGAUGACAGCGGAGGGGGCGGGACCAUCAAACGCUGCCCCGUCCCGCCCACGGCGAGUCCGGCCAAGCCCGCCUCCAACGUCCCGCCGCGGCCCCCGCCCCCGAAGCUGCCGCCCCACCGCCGCAGCAGCCUAGGUAACGAGAGUCCAAAGCGCACGGACGGCGAAAGCUCCGCCCCCGACGAUGACGGGAGCUUUAGGCAUUUCUGGGAGUGGCUCCACACGCCUCACACAGAUGAGGAGAUGGAGGAGGCGUGGGAGGUGCUGAAGGAAGUGAAAGAGGAGGAGGAGAAAAAGGAGGAGAAGGAAGCGAGUAACGGGCUGAACUCUCCACACAACGGAGAGAAGGACAGUCCGGCAGAGAGACAGUCCACCAUGCCCCCUAGUGUCCCCGUGCGGAAAGACAAGAAGGAUGUGGCGACGCCGAUCAGCAACGGUCUCCCACCGACACCUAAAGUCCAUAUGGGCGCGUGUUUCUCCAAAGUGUUCAACGGCUGUCCUCUGAAAAUCCACUGUGCCACUUCAUGGAUCAACCCAGACACCAGAGACCAGUAUUUGAUAUUUGGAGCUGAGGAGGGGAUCUACACAUUAAACCUUAACGAGCUGCAUGAGACCACGAUGGCGCAGCUCUUCCCACGAAGGUGUACCUGGUUAUACGUCAUGAACAAUUGUCUUCUCUCCAUAUCUGGGAAAGCGUCCCAGCUGUACUCUCACACGCUGAGCGGUCUGUUCGAACAGGCCCGGCAGCUACAGAAGUUACCAGUAGCCAUUCCCACUCACCGGCUGCCUGAUAAGAUGAUUCCCAGGAAGUUUUCUGUGUCCAAUAAGAUUCCAGACACUAAAGGCUGCCAGAAGUGCUGCGUAGUGCGAAACCCGUACACAGGCCACAAGUAUCUGUGUGGAGCCUUCCAGUCCAGUGUCAUGCUGCUGGAGUGGGUGGAGUCCAUGCAGAAGUUCAUGCUCAUCAAGAACAUCGACUUCCCGCUGCCGUGUCCUCUGGAGGUGUUUGAGAUGCUGGUGGUCCCGGAGCAGACCUACCCUCUGAUCUGCGUGGCCGUCAGUAAAGGAACCGAGCUCAGCCAGGUGGUCCGGUUCGGCACGGUCAACCCCAACUGCACCUCGUCCUGGUUCACAGAAGAAGACACACCACAGACCUGUGUGAUCCACGUCACUCAGCUGGAGAGGGACACCAUCCUGGUCUGCCUCGACAGAUGUAUAAAGAUAGUGAACCUGCAGGGCCGCUUGAAAUCCAGCAGAAAGCUUUCAGCCGAGCUGACGUUCAACUUCCAGAUUGAAGCCACAGUUUGUCUCCAAGACAGUGUCCUGGCUUUCUGGAGGCAUGGCAUGCAGGGGCGGAGCUUCAAGACCAACGAGAUCACCCAGGAGAUCUCUGACAGCACACGCAUCUUCAGACUACUGGGAUCCGACAGACGCUCUGACUGUAGACAUCCAGAGGCCGGGGACAGAGGCAUCUCUCUGCCCAGGGUGGUGGUGCUGGAGAGCAGGCCCACUGACAACCCUACAGCCCACAGCAACCUCUACAUCCUGGCAGGCCAUGAGAACAGCUACUGAGACACACUCGCACACACAAACACAAUCUCUACACAGCGUACCACUGAUGCAACCGGGAGACACACACUCAGUCCGACGCUAUCCCAGUGGCCUCCACCUUCUCACUGGGCAGUGGAACUGGGAGACGAGCAGUUUGUGGGUGCACACGUGGAUUCCCACUCCGCAGUGUUUGUGUGUGUAUCAUGUUGUAGAAGGGCGGCGGGUUGUGGGCUGGUUUCUGACGGAGCGAGGGCUGAAGCAGCUGGUCUGAGGCCAGUCUGGGUCGCGAUGGCUGGGGGGGGGGGCGACUUCAGCCCAGAAUCCUGUUAGCAUCCCACCUCCCCCUGCACCGCACACUGGGAAACAGCGUCCAGCACAGAAGUUCAACACUACUUCUACUACUACUUCUACACACAUUAGUACUACUACUACUACUGCUACUCGCGCUACAGCUUCACAGAACAGCCAUCUUGCACAGAACACCUUCCCUUCUCCCCUUUGUCGUCUCCUUCUCCGUCUCCUCCUCCCUCGCUCCCUUCCUCCUUUUUUUUUAAACUACACCUUUAUUUAUUGUGGCAUGAUGUAACUUUAACAACCAGGAUGGCUUUCCUGUUUUAUUACAUUUUUUUUUAAAGGAUAAAAAAGAGAAAACGGACUAAAAAAGCUUCGCCACCUCUGCUAGAAUCAAAUUCCAGUUCCAUCACCACACCACACAAGUGCUUAAUUGACCUCUAUUUAAUUGUUGUAAAUAUAAAUGUAGUAUUUUUUGACAGAGACAAACACUAAAAAGACUAAGGUCGUGUAGAUAGGUGUGUGUGUAGUUGCUCUGUACGACGUGGAGACAAAUAGAGAGACAGAGAGACGUGGGGGUGUGACAGGGCAGUAAACUCACUUCCUGUUUCCCCGGUCACGUGAUGAGGUGCAGGACCCCCCCGCGCGCGGUCUCCUCAGGUGGAGCGUUAGUCGUCUGAUGUUCUUAUAACGAUCUGCAGCUCAGGAUUGGACUGAGCGAACAGGAAGCACUGCUGAUUGGUCCUUUUCAUCCUGCAUGCGUCACCAUCAGACUUCCUGCUUGUUCGCAGCACAGCGACUGAUUUCAGGUCAGCGGACGUUUGAGUUCUGUUCAUCUUCGUUUCUGUUUCCUGUCUCGACAUCAUCUUCUAUUUGUUUUUUAUUCUAUUUUAAUCAGAACGCCUCAUUUCUUCUCAUAAAUGUUUUUUUUUAUUUUUAUUGAACCACUGGUGUUAAGAUUUUGCACAGAGAAAAAAAAACGUAUUCGAUAAACAAAUGUGAUGUCAUUAUAUGACCUUGUUUGUAUGCACAGUGUGUGUGUGAGUGUGUAUAUGUGUGUGCAUCGACAUGUUAGUGCAUCGUGUACAGAUCUGGUCUUUAAGUGACAGUUUCUGCCUGAAGCUCUUUAACAAGCUGGAUUUACACAGAAAGAUAAAUGUUCAUAUUUAUACAGUAGAGCCGGUUUCAAUGAAACAUAAUAAAUAAAGUGAAUUAAAGCCCAACAGUCCGAUGAGGAAUCCACAUUUAAAUUCACCAAUUAUUUCCUGGAAAUUGAUAAAAACUGUAAAGAAUAUAACCGGCAAUAUUUAAUAUUUCUCUUUUUUUUGCUCCAUCCUUCCAAUAAGUUAAUGUGAGAACUUUUUGUAACAAACAGAAGUUCAGGUGUGGAAACAAACUCUUUGUCUCUGGUAAAAUCAUUUGAUAGAUUUCUCUGUAUUAAGAGCAGCAGAAAACCUCACACUGGAUCAAACGCAUGUAAAACCAGGAUAAUAACACUUUUUAUGAUAAAACCUGUUUGUGAGGUUUGAAGAUGAGAGGACAUUUUGAUUUCUGUGUAGAUCUUUGUUUGCAGCCUUCACAGCGGGGACGCUCUCUGAAGGAUGAGCAGCGUGGGGUCGUUCACUCACAUCUUCACAAGCUGGGACACGAGACCUCUCACCAGAUCAGAUGAGAAAACACUGAGAUCUCUCAGAGCUGUAACUGACUCCUGUGUGAGCUGCAGGUGGUGAACCAAUCACAUCAGUCAGGUUCUCCACACAAGCACAGCGUCACCACAUCAAUAUGACACUAAGCACUCCUGGUACAGUGAUACAGAUGUGAUGGUCCCUACUGGGUGAACUGGGAUGCCUCUGGUGGAUAGACACUUGAAACUGGGCUCAGACCCUGUGAACAGAAUCUGACUCCUGCCGACACACGGGCUUAGAAUCCUGCUUCCUGUGAAAUCUAGUGCUUUAACAUUUACACACAAACUAAAUCAAUGCUACACUAUGAAUCCUGUGGUAGACCGAGGAUGAGAACGAUGAUUACAUCAAGCUAAAGUUCAGGGGUCACUCCAGGCAUCACACCGGUGGCCCUGCACGCUGUUCCACUGGUCCACUUGCUGAGCAGAUCCUCUCACUGGAUUCCAGCUCCAGCUUCAUUCUGGGUUGUUUUAAAUCACCUGAGCACAAAUCUGGAUCAUACAAGACGUUAGGACAACAUGUGAAACUGCCAAGGAGUGAGUGUAGAGCAGAACCUCUCCUUCCUCUGUCGAGUCUCAGUGCUGCGUGUCCCUGGAGUGUAAAUCACAGACUGUGUGUUGAGACCAUGUGUCUCCGCUUCACCCCGUUGUCUCCGGGUCUUGGACACAUGCGUCCCCAUCCUGCUCUUUUCACCUCGUCUGGAGUCUUCUCCGUUUCUCACACAAAACCAAAUGGCUGAGCUCUUCAGGCGACUGCCGCUCGGCACAGAGAUUUUCACAAACCAGAAAUAAGAAAGCAUUUAUUGCCAUUUUUUAGAUUUGCCUUGAAAGUGAGUGACUCCCCAAGUCGAGUGGUUUAGCCACAAUCAAGCUAACAUGCUAGUGUCCGAGCUGCAGCCAAGUUCCAUUCACACAAUAAGCUUCUUUUACAAAUGUCUUCGUUCAGCGUCAGAGAGAGAAUUCAGUUCCAUCCACUGAUCAUUCACUUUUAAUAUUAAGCUCAGUUCAUCAAUUUGAUUGUUUAUCAAACUGUUUCUGGAUUUGAUGUAAUUUUUAAUGUGAUGCUUAAAUAAGAUAUAAUAAUAUAAUAAUAAUUAGAUAAUUGUGCAAGAUUUAAAAACUCCUCCUCUAUCACAGCCGCUCAUAUAAAAUUGUUAAAGUUAUGUUAUUCUUCUGUGGGUUCAUUCAGUUUUAUUUUGGAGGGGAACUUCCUUUUAGCAGAAUAACAAUGUGUCUCCGUGGGAUUGAAAGAUGCUUCAUGAUUUGAAUCUGUGAUCCUCUGAAGCAGGAGCCGACUCAGACUGUUUGUUGUUUCAUGAGCUGCUCUCAGGUCAGAUCGCGUGUGACAGUAAUUCAUCAGGAUGGUUUUUGAGAUGACGUGGAUUCUGGAUGAAACCUUUUAGCAUUAAGACGUUUCCUCUGGUUGGAGGUAAACUCCACGUACUGGUUUCCAGUCAAAGGAAACCAAACACACACGAGUUAUUUAAAAACCCAGUUUGAUCCUCCGACACACGUCUCCUCCGCUCGGUCGCUAUCACACCACCUUUGUCUUUUUGUUUUCAUAAUGCAAUGCACAUGUUAUGAAAUGUAUAUAGUGUAAAAUAAAAUGGGUUUGUUUUACAUACUGUAUAAUUGCCUAUAUUUUGUUUCAGAAGUGUAACAGAUUUAUGAGAUGACAGGUUAACACAUUAAAAAGAAGGAACUCAA